UUGCAGGGCUGCUGAAAGAAGUCUGGUCGAUGCAGAUCUCCCGUCCCUCAUCAGAGCGUGAAGAUAUUCCGCCUCGUGUUGAAUGUGACCCCGGACACCGAGACACAGAGCGGCUGUACACUGUGUCCUUCCAGGAAGUGUGCGACCGCUUUGGAAAGCAGUACACCUGGGACGUGAAGUCGUCAGUGAUGGGGAAAAAGGCUCUGGACGCUGCUCAAUUUAUUCGGGACACGCUGGAGCUUCCCAUGACAGCCGAGGAGCUGCUGGCUGAAACCAGACAGAUUCAAGAACGGAUCUUUCCCUCUGCCAAACUCAUGCCAGGUGUGGAGAAACUGAUAAACCACCUGAAGAAGAACAACGUCCCCAUCGCCGUGGCAACCAGCUCAGCAGGGGUGACGUUCGAGUUAAAGACGAGGAACCACAAAGAUUUCUUCGCUCUGUUCGACCACAUCGUCGUGGGAGACGACCCCGACGUGAAGAACAGCAAACCGCAGCCCGACUCCUUCCUGGUCUGCGCCAAGAGAUUCAACCCUCCAGCUCCUCCAGAGAAGUGUCUGGUGUUUGAAGACGCUCCCAACGGCGUGAAGGCGGGGCUGGCGGCGGGGAUGCAGGUGGUGAUGAUCCCCGAUGACAACAUGAACCGGAGCCUGACCCGGGAGGCCACGCUGACACUCCGCAGCAUGGAGGAGUUCCAGCCGCAGCUCUUUGGACUCCCACAGUUUGACUGAACCGGAAGAACCAAAAUGAACGAGUCGUCGCGUCAAAUUCUAGCUCCUCAAAUCGUCUUCUCUGCUUUAUCUGACUUUCUUUUGAUGGGGGGGCGUUUGUCUUUGAAUCAGCCUGUAACGCCUGCAGCAGGUACUUUGUGCCUCUUUUGUUUUUA